ACAAAUAUAGAUUUUAAUAUGCGGAUGGAAAUGUUUGCUAAUGGAUAAUUGUGAGAAGUGAAUCGCUCAAGCAGGUUAACAGAAUUGAUAGACGUGAAGGUGGAAGAAACUCUGGGUCCACGGUAAUAUAGUCUUGCCAGCUGUCAGCCAUCGAUUGUAAGGAACUUUCCUGCCUUACAAAACGGCGUUACACAGAAAACAGUAUUUUUAAUUUCUCCUACGUAACCAAAAUUACACACUCGUGCUACGUAUAAAUUUCACCGAGAAUGGAUAAUAACAUUCCUUACAUGCCUCCACAGGUGAAUAAUGAUUCAAAUGGUGAACCAUCAUCUCAAAAUGAAGUACCUACGUUGACCGUGUCAUUGCCAGUCAUGCAAAAUGAUAUAAUUAAUUCAGGAAACAUCGCAGCAGCACAGACAUCAAUGGAAAAUAGAAUGGCUGGAGGAGAAGAAAUACCACCUCCAAAGGCAGAUUUUUCAGCUCCACCACCGUACGAAGUAGCUACAAAAUUACCCAGUUAUGAGGAAGUUCAACGUGAGAAAACCUUGCAAGGAGAACCUUAUCCUCAAAUACAUAUGCUUGAUAAUCUCAGAACGCCAGCAAGGCCUCUAACAGUUCUGGCUAUAGAUACUGAGGUCGCAGAGGGAGAUCCUGAAAAUGGUUUACUCGGCACUGAUUUUAUGUUCUUUACAGCAUUUUUAGUUGCGUUUUUGUUUAAUUGGAUCGGAUUUCUGCUUCUGAUGUGCUUCUGUCAUACAAUUGCAUCACGAUACGGCGCGUUGUCUGGUUUUGGUUUAUCUUUGACAAAAUGGACAUUGAUUGUUAAACAUUCCACUGACCUGGCAUCUCGUGAAAAUUCUUGGCUGUGGUGGCUAAUAAUGGGAUUUGGAGUUCUGAUUUGUGCACGAGCGAUUGUUCAAUAUUUGAACAUUAAGCGUGGUUGGAGAUUACUACCCGGAAGUGCUCAGGAGCGCUUACUCUUUUUUUAUUAAGCUACUAAAUCAGCACUUUUAUCUAACUUGGCUUUAGAACAAACAGCAUUUCUAUCUGGGGUUGUAUUUGUACAAUAUAUGUAAUCUAUACCCUUUAAAGAUAUUACUUUGUAUUGGCUAUAUAGUCUUCUAUUACCUAUUAGAAAAACAAAUAUGAAAAUUCUCGAGACGAUUAGCGAAAUUCGCUUUUUUGUGGCAUAAACGAUGCAAGAUGGAAACAGAGAUAAGGAAAUUUUCGCACAUGAUUUUACGUAUUAGUUUCACAUAGAUAAAAUGAAACAUAAAUUUGUAUUGCUCAAAUAGCGCGAACGAUGCUUCACUGUGUGAACUACUGUUAAUUUACGCGUCGUUCAUUUAAACAUGAAUUGCUUCAUAACAUUAAACGUACGUAAGUUCAUUACUUAUAGAAUUGGUGUUACGGAUAAUGGAAAAUUUAUUUUCGAAGGCAAGAAAAACAUAUAAUCAUUGUUCAACAGGUAUCGAAGUAUAAAAGUUCUAAUAAUGAUAUUGUGUAAUACCUUCUAGUGUUAGACGAGCUUUUAGAAUUUUCAUUAUAUAUGAUCUAUAUGUACUGAUAAUCUGAAUUGCUUAUUUGUAUAUUACCAUAAUUUAUAGACAGAAUUCUUGAGAGAGAUAAUGAGUUACUCUUAUGAAAUAUACACAUGUACGUGUACGUAUAUGUCUUCUUAUACGUACAUAUACGGAAUCUUGUGAAAAAGAAGUUCUACUAUACAUACAUUAUAUGUUAUAUUGUCAAAACCUUCAUUGUUAUAUACUUAUUGCAACAAUAUAAAAAGUUAAUGUGUCUUA